AUGCUUGACUGGCUGCUUCGGACGUUUGGACGAGACAGAAUGAACCCAAAUUCAAAAAAUUAUGGAUAUCGUCUUCAGAGGAUUCACUUCCAGUGCUUAACCUACCAGAUGGUGGUAAGCUCUGGAAAUGAUUGGUCUAACCUUGCGUCGGGCUUAGCAGCAUCUUCACGUCUUGCUGGACGAAUGGCAUGCAAUCUAGCACGCAUGGAAACCGACAUGUUGGAAGUGCGAACUGCUCCAUCGUUCAUUCUUGAUAAGAAGCUAGGGAAAAUGUACCAUUUCCACGCACAUAACCCAAUAGCCUCAUGGAUGCGUGAUCAAGUACUCUUUAUAUUUACUCCGGUGCUAGUCUGCAAAUUCCCAAUGAAAACUGUCGGAGUAGAUGAUGCGAUUUCAACUACGGGUCUUCUGUACUCUCAAUUUUAUCGUUUCGAUAGUAAUAUGAAAUGGUAG